UCUGUCAAAUAAUAUGUAGUUCCCGUCUCGUUGCCAAAAUUAUUUUUGUAUAUAAAUAUUAAAAUUAGUAGUUGUUCAAUAAAAAUUCGUGUAAAAUAUCGGGGAUGUGUGAAAAUUUGAAAACGGAUCGCAUAAGAUGCGAGGCAUGCCGCACUAUCAACUUGGCAAAACAUGUGAAGCAUCCCAAACCAGAUAUGCAAAUAUACGAAAAAUGCAGUCCAGCGGAGAGACUAGACUGUUCUCGUAUUCCAGAGCUCCCACUAAACCCGACGUGCAUCAAGGUUUGCAGCAAAGAAGAGUACAAGCUUAGAAAAAGCGGGAAAAAUUUGACAAUGCCUAAAAUGCCCUUACCCUACGCGCAUGGAAAAUUAAUGUACGCUUUGAAAACUGGACUCCUGGUAGGUGCUGUUUAUUUCACGUAUACGCAAGGAGUAUGGGGCGACCAACAAGACGUCACAGAAUGCAUUCGUCGUUGGCAGGAAUAUAUCCGCAGUAUUAACACUAGACGACCGCCCACCUUUGAUAAAUGUGGUAACGUUAUUAGAAAAGAAAAUAAUGAAAAUUUACUGGCGCCUAUUUAUUCUAUGUACAAGGAUAUCGUGACUUCUUGCUUUUCGGGAGUCGUCAAGGUACCGUUAUUGAUAAAAUGUGCAUACAUCGACUAUUUAAAAGCUUUAGCAAAGAAAGGGGAAGAACAAAAUAAUGAAAGAAAAAUUAAAAAGAACGAGUAACCAUACAUUUUAAAUUAUAAUACUGUAUUUACUAUUUAUAGAGUUUUUGUCUGUAAACGUGGAUUUAGAUUUUUUUGCAAAUAAAUACAAAGCUUUACAAAAUAUUGUAUGUAUUUUGAAAUAUAAAAAUAAAUGUUUGUUAAAUUCAACUGUUCUAAACAAAGUAAAUCAUUUUAAUAUUAUUUUUUUAUUGCACUUAUUAGCAGGUAAGUAAUUAGUAACAUCUCCCCAUACUAGUCUCGUAUAGAUUUUGAAUCAAAGAAGUAAAAAAUAAAUGCCUUUUAUACUAUACUAACAUAUUAUAAAGAGAAAAGAGUUGAUUGUUUGUUUGUAAUGGAUAAACUCGAAAACUAUUCAACUGAUUUUAAAAAUUCUUU